AUGGCUGGGGUUAUAACUGCAAUGGGCAGCUUGGUUUGGGUAACAAUGGCAACCAGCAAACCCCUUGUACAGGUAUCAUGUGGAUAUGCACACACACUGGCUCUUACAGAUGAAGGAUUUAUUUACUCUUGGGGUGCAAACUCAUACGGGCAGCUUGGUACUGGAAACAAAAGCAACCAGGCUGUGCCCACCCUCAUCAACAUGGACAAGGAAAGAUUAGUGGAGGUUGCUGCGUGUCACACCAGUCACACAUCAGCGGCGAAAACACAGAGCGGUCAGGUGCUGAUGUGGGGUCAGUGUCGGGGUCAGGCUGUGGCCUACCCUCACCUCACACACUUCACCAACACUGACGAUGUCUUCGCAUGCUUUGCCACACCGGCAGUCACCUGGCAUCUUCUGUCUGUGGAUGGAGAUGACUACCUGACUGUUGCCCAGUCGCUAAAGCGAGAGUUCGACAGCCCAGAAAUCUCUGACCUAAAGUUCCUGGUUGAUGGGAAGUGCAUUCAUGUGCACAAAGCCCUGCUUAAAAUCAGGUGCGAGCAUUUCCGAGCAUUGCUGAACGAGACCGAUGAAGAGACCAUAGAGAUUCAUCAGUUUUCUUAUCUGGUGUAUCGUGCAUUCCUGGAGUACCUGUAUACUGAUACCAUCAACCUCCCACCUGAGGAUGCCAUUGGUCUGCUGGAUUUGGCCACAUACUACCGUGAGAGCCGUCUGAAAAGACUGUGUCAGGAGACCAUCAAGAGAGGCAUCACAGAGGAGAACGCUAUAACACUGCUCUCAGCUGCUGUCAAGUAUGAAGCCCGGGAUCUGGAAGAGUUCUGUUUCAAGUUUUGUGUUAACCACCUGACGGCUGUCACUCAGACGCAGGCCUUCGCCGACAUGGACCACGAUCUGCUGAAGAACUUCAUCAGCAAAGCCAGCCGAUACGGAGCAUUCAAGAACUAACAGAAAGAUAUUGGCUAAGGAGGUAUUUUGCUUUGGCUUUGCUUCAUCCAGGCAAGUUAUCUCUAAUACCUCAGAUUUGGAGAGAGGAGCCAAAUUCACGUGGUUUGACUGUGAAGAAGUUGUAAAAGCCACAGCACUGGUCGUCUUCUGGGUCCCAGUGCCUUUAAAUUACAUCCCCAUCUGAAGCCCUAUGUAAAUGGAAGAAUUCUAGACUGGAUUCAAAGGGACCAGAUGAGUCUCAAAAGAUUGUAUUGAAAUCGAGUAGCUAAACGAAAAGAAACCUCUGAGGUGCUUCAUGAGCAAGGGAUUCAUCUGUGCAUAAGCAAAAGGGAAGAUCAUCUCAUGUAGGAGAUGGUUGAUGGGAGAAAGAGUUGCUUUUCUGUUACUGAAUUAUUGAUUUGGAUCAAGAUCACAAUAAUUUGCAAUAUAUUUCCAGUCCUUAAAUAUAUAAUGGAUUGGAAAGUUACAGUCAGCCAAACAAGUUGUCCAUUUCAAAUCCAUCUACCAUUGUCAUGAUGGCCUUUAUAAAGCAGGCCAACAGCCGUACCUCCUGUGGGAGGUCACCUGUGUCAUAGGAUAUCAUGUUUCUUUCUUCCUGGCAUUAGAAGAAACUUUACACAGUAAUAUGUCAUUAGAGUAGUAAAGCAUUAUUUUUAAAUGUAGUAUUAAGUGGCUUCAAUUUAAUUUACUGAUCCAACUAAUGUCGUUUAUGUUAUUUUUUUUACUGAUAGUAAUGUUACUUUUGAUAUGGUUGCGCUCUUUCUGUGUAACAGAAUUAUUUAGAAUAUGUCAGAAGGGUCAAUGCCUGUGAUUUUUCUCAAGUCAUCAAAAUAUUAAUGUUAUUUUAGCAAGAUAUUAUUAAUAUAUUUUAGUGUGUGUGUUUUUUAUUUUUAUUUUUUUUUUGUUUAGUUGUUUUUUGGACUGAAGUAUGAGCCAGAUAUUUCUUCAUGACAUUUACAGGUUGGGAAAUAGUGCCGUCUGGUGGUGUUGCCCAUAUUACCCAAAAACUUACCCAUAUUAUGUCAUUCAUUUCUUUUACCCACAGUGAAUCAGACAGAUAUUUUUAUCACUCAUCAUAGCAUCAACCAAUCAAACUAAUCUUGAAAUCGCACUUGAAACAAGCAGCUUAUAAACAUAUAUAAUUCAAGUGUUUACAGUAGGUUAAGAGGUGUUAAGCAAACACAGUCUGACACAGUCAGAGAGAGCUUUCACUCUCUUCACUUCUUAAGGGUCAGUUGUUACAGUCUGUUUAUACUUGUUUAUACAGUCAGGGGGUUCUGCUGGGUUGUAGAUAUUUCUACAUGAUUUCCUUUUGUAGCCCCAUAAAUGAGGGUCAGGACCGCUUACCCUGCCCGAUUGCCAAGAAAGGGUUGUUAAAUAUUCCCCUGUGGUCAUGUUAUGAAUGGGGACUUAAAUAUUUUGACACUUGAAUAAUCUCUGUUUUAAGAUGAUACCAAACUUGCUGUUUUCAUUUAAGAAAGUGUCAUACAGCACUUUGAAUAUUAAAAUAAAUAUCCUAUAUGAUAA